UAGAAAGGGAAGUUGUCCAUGCUAUAGAAAUCAUCCCAGGGAGUAAGACCCCAAAGGGGAGGAUCUAUAGGAUGGCUCCCGCCGAGUUAGAUGAACUUUGGCGACAACUGAAAGAGCUGACAGAGAAGGGAUGGAUCCGGCCUAGUACUUCCCAUUACGGAUCUCCAGUGUUAUUCGUACCGAAGAAGGGGGGUACGUUAAGGAUGUGCAUUGAUUAUAGAGGCCUCAAUGCCAUCACCGUGAAGAACGCAGAGCCUCUACCUCGCAUAGAUGACCUACUGGAUAGGGUGAAGGGAUGCAAGUACUAUAGCAAAAUAGACUUGAAAUCCGGCUAUCAUCAGAUCGCUAUAAGACCUGAGGACCAACACAAGACAGCUUUUCAGACUCGAUAUGGUCUGUAUGAGUUUGUAGUGGUGCCCUUUGGUCUUUGCAAUGCGCCGGGAACAUUCCAGCACGCUAUGAAUCGGAUCUUCCAUGACCAUUUAGAUAAGUUUGUCGUGGUUUACCUUGAUGACAUUCUGAUCUUUAGUAAGUCUGCCGAGGAGCAUGCACAGCACGUUGAAACUGUACUUUCACUCCUGCGACAGCACAAGUAUAAGGUCAACCUAGAGAAGUGUGAGUUUGGUCGCACUAAGAUAUUAUACUUGGGUCAUGAAGUACCCGCGGAAGGGAUUAGGCCGGAAGAUGCGAAGGUGGCUAGUAUUCGAGACUGGCCAGAACCUCAGACUGUCACUGAGGUCAGAUCUUUCUUAGGAAUGUGCGGUUACUAUAGGAACUUCGUAAAGAACUAUUCUACAGUCGCCUCUCCUUUGACAGAUCUAACUCGACUUGACACGCCAUGGGACUGGAGUGAUGAGUGCGAGGGUGCUUUCAAGCAAUUGAAGCAUGCACUCAUGAAUCACGAAGUUCUCAUGGUUUCCGAUCCUCAGAAGCCAUUCAUAGUGACCACUGACGCAAGCCAAUACGGCAUUGGCACAGUGCUAGCUCAACAGGAUGGGAAGAAGUUGAGACCGAUUGAGUACAUGAGCAAGAAAAUGUCAUCGAAGAAAUUGGCAAAGUCCACCUACGAAAGGGAACUCUAUGCUCUCUAUAAGGCACUUCUCCAUUGGAGACACUUUCUGUUGGGACGGUUCUUCUACUUGAGAACUGACCAUCAGACGCUCAAAUGGAUCAAGACUCAACCGACUCUUUCUCAACGCUGGAUUGAGGUCAUAGACCAAUAUGACUUCAAGCUUGAGUAUCUGAAGGGAGAGUACAACAAGGUUGCGGAUGCGCUAUCUCGAAGAGCAGACUACCUAGGGGCGCUAGUUUCUGAGUUUGGUGUAUCUCAGGAAGUAACUCAAUCGUUGGUGGGAGCCUAUCAGGAAGACCCUGUCAUGAUGGACAUCAUGCGCAAACUUCAGGCAAAAGACAAGGUCACAGAAAGCGAGUUUGUGAUGGUGGAUGGGUUACUCUUUCUUGAUAAGGCCGGAUGUAAAAGUAAGAGUGGCAAGAGGCACAUUUUCGUCAUCAUCGAUCGAUUCACCAAGUACGCAAGACUAGUUGCCAUGCCAGAGACCGCAAGGACGGACCAUGUCAUCAAGUUGUUCCAGGACAGCUGGGUGCGUGACUUUGGUUUACCAAAGACAAUCCUUAGUGACAGAGAUGUUCAUUUCACAAGUGAGUUGUGGAAGAAGACUGUUGAGCAGAUGGGCAGUCAACUUCAGAUGACUUCAGGGAAUCAUCCCGAAGCCAACGGACAGGCCGAGCAAAUGAAUAGAGUUGUACAGCACUUGUUGAGGCAUUACAUAAAACCCAGCCAGGAUGACUGGGAUGAGAAGUUGCCUCUCAUCGCCAGCCUCUACAACAACGUUGUGCACAGCAGUACCAGCGUUAGUCCUAACCAGCUGCACUUGGGAUGGAAGCCUAGAUCCGAUCUAGACUUCCUCCUACCUGAAAACCGAUCCUCUGCAACUCCAGGCACACUUGAAUAUGGUGUGCAGUAUGAGAAGUUGCUGCAGCAAGCUGUCGAGCACAUCAAGAAAGCUCAGCAACCAAUGAUUGCUUCUGAGAACAAGCAUCGACGACAGUCCUCAUUUCAGGUAGGGGAACGUGUCUGGGUCAAGGCUAGUGAGCUAGGACAAGAAUUCGGUAUCUCUAGAAAACUAAUGCCUCAGUAUUUUGGUCCUUGGGAAGUCCUGGAUGUAGUGGGGGAUGAGAUGGAUGGUCCUACCUAUGUUAUCCGUAUCCCUGGACACCUACGCACUCACCUUGUCUUUCAUGCCUCAAAGCUUGCACCUUUCGUUGAGACUGAUCAAUUCCCUUCAAGGAGAUCGAUGCUGCCCCCAACCAUGCAUGGUCAAGUGGACAUCGACGACAUUGUGGAUCACAGAGAUCUGCCUGUUCAAAAGCCAUUGGGUAGAGGAAGACCUCCUAAACCCAAGAGAAAAUAUCGCGUCAGAUUCAGGCAUCGUACGGAUCCAAAAGAAAACCGGUGGUUCACCAGAGAGGAACUGAUUGACACAGCUCCUCAAGUGGUGGCACAAUAUGAGAGGAUGCUGAAAGGGAAGGCACCUGCGAACCUGCAGGGGAUAAUAGCUCGCACCCUACCAUUGUGGAUGCUGCUGCAAGUGUGCGCCCAUAGACUGAAGAGUGACCCGCAACCCGACCCUAAAGGAAAGACCACCUAUGCUGCUAUGACUGCAGGAGACCAAAGAGGUCCCAAGAUCCCUGCUCGCAACAAGUUCAGGGGCAAUGACCCCAAGACCGAUGUUGGGGACUGGGCUGUUGGGACCAGAGCCUACUUGAGGGGCUUUGUCUGUGCAGAACAAACCAAGGUGGCAACUAUACUGGGACUGCUGGAAGGGCCUGCACUGAAGUGGGCUUUUGAGCUUGGGGUACACAAGCUUCUGCAGGCCCUGGAGGACCGAUUUGCAGACAAGGAAAGGGCCCGCAAGGCUGCUAACAGGAUUACUCGCCUGGGACAGCAGCGGUACAGCGGCACCCUGCAGGCCUUAUUUGCUGAAUUCGAGCAGCUUACCUCCACCCCUGGGUUGGUCAUGUCUUCUGACGACUUGCUGACCAACUUCUGCAGGGCAGCGCCUGAGAAGUUUGAUAUGGCAUUAUACAGCGCUGGGCACAAGGACUGGAGGUCCUUCGGUCGUGCAGCCCUGGAAAUGGAGGCCAAGCUCCAUGUCCAGGCCCCAUCCUCUGAUAGGAGGAAAGGUGCCUUCCCCAGAGGUGGCAGAAGGGGAAAGGCAGCCUUCACUCAUGCGGGGUCUGCCUCAGGAUCAGAUUCUGAUUCCCAGCCUGAUGCACCUUCAGGUGGGACCGGAUCUGCUGCUGAGACAGAUGUUGCAGCAGUCGUGACUCAGACUGUUUUGGGAGCUCUGCAGCUGCAGACGAAGUUCUCUCCCACCACAGCCUCAGUCAGUGCCAAGGGGAAGGAAAAGGGACGUCGGCCUUCCUCUUCCCAGCGCCCUAACCUGCCCAAAGACGUCCAUAUGUCAGUUGAACCUCUCAAUCCCUCCACACUCCCCUGGCAUAACCUCAAGAUCCAAGAGGGAGUCUGGAGAAGACGAAAGGAAAGAGGGGUCUGGCUGAGGUGUGAGGGUCAGCAUUUCCUGAAGGACUGCCCUUACAUGCCAGGUCCAGGCACCUUCCAGACAGAGAUGCACCGCAUCUUCAUGCCUUACCUGGACAAGUUUAUGGUUGUCUACCUGGAUGAUAUCCUGGUAUUCAACAAAAUUGCCAGGGAACAUGCGGAGCACUUGGCUCUUGUCCUUCAGUCGUUACGUGACAGCCAGUACAAGAUCAACAUAGAUAAUUCCUCCUUUGGAGUUCCCUCUGUCAUCUAUCUGGGUCAUGUAAUCUUUGGAGAUGGCCUGGCUCCUGAAGCAGCCAAGAUAGCUGCUAUUCAAGAGUGGUCUCAGCCUCAGACAGAUGAUGGGAAUGGCCUACGGCCUGUAGAGUUCAUGAGUAAGAAGAUCAAGACUCAAAAGCUCCAGGACUCUACCUACGAGAAAGAGCUAUAUGCUCUUGUCUGUGCCCUGAAACAUUGGAAGCACUUUCUCCUGGGCAGGCGCUUCAAGAUCUUUUCAGAUCACUCCACCCUACAGUGGAUGAAGUCCAAGGGAGAGUUGAACGAUAAGCUGGCACGAUACAUUCAGUUCAUUGACAUGUUUGACUUUGAACUGAAGCACAAGAAGGGCUGCUACAACAAGGUAGCAGAUGCCCUCUCUCGUAGGCCUGACUCUUUUGCGUUGAUCUCCUCUACUCACUCCUUUGGGGAGGAGACCCGUCAGACCAUUGCUCGUCUACUGCCUCAGGACGAGACUUUCGGACCCAUUGUCAGGAAUCUGCAAGCAGAUCCUAACUCUGACCCAGACUAUGCUCUGAGUUCAGACCUACUGUACACCUACAGUAGAGGGGAGGAGCGCUUGUUCAUUCCCCAGGACCAGCGGCUCAGGACACUACUCAAUGAGAGGCAGUCCUACUCUAAGGACUAUUUGCACUCACGCCUGGACAUGACUUCUGACCAUCAUCAUGAAGCCAAUGGUUUGGCUGAAGUGAUGAACCAAGUCUUAUUCCAGCUGCUGCGUCCUGUCAUCUCCCUAGAUCAACAGGACUGGGAUCUUCACUUAGCGAGGGCACAACUCAUGUAUAACAUGUUUGUCCACUCCUCGACAGGGUUCAGUCCCUACCGGUUACACUGGGGACGUGAACCACGUCAGCCUCUCGAUGAUAUCAUCGAUAAGGCUAAGCCCGAUCUGACACCAGGCACAGCAGAGUUCACCAGACGUUAUCGUUUGGAUGUGGAAAGAGCGCGAGCGAACUUGUUCAAAGCCCAAAAGGCUAUGAUUGAACAAGCUAAUCGCCAUAGGCGGCCUUCCCCCAUCCGCACUGGUGAUCACGUCUGGGUGGCCAGUUCUGAGUUGUCGAGGGAGGAGGAUAUCUCCCCCAAGCUAUUGCCACGUUACCUGGGUCCAUGGCAGGUCCUAGAUACAAUGGGCGCUAAUCCCUUCGGUCUGUCCUACGUUAUCGACGUCCCGUUGCAUCUACGUACCUACCCGGUCUUCCAUGCAUCUAAGCUGCUUCCUUUCACUCCACCUGAUGCAUUCCCAGACCAGCCCCCUCAAUUUGGUCCACCGAUCUCUGGCAAGGGAUAUGACGUGGAAUGGAUUGAGGACGAGUGGGGCACCAGCCCCGACCGGCAGUAUCUUGUGAGGUUCGCAUUCCAGCGUCCUUCUAAGAACAGAUGGUUCUACAGAAGGGAACUUCUCAAGAUAUCAAAGUCAGUUGUUUUGCGAUAUGAAGCGGCUCAGGGGCAACCUUCCUCGCCGUUCACCUCGCCUGCAUCCCUAGCUCUGAGGUCCUCGCUCCCGGGGAGGACCACCAUCCCGAGAUUUCUGGUCGUGAAAUUGCCUUUCGAGUGUAAACGACCAUCCCGAGAUUCUGAUCGUGAUAUUGCCCUUCGAGUGUAAACGAAUGUAUGCAAAGGAAAUGGUGAUGUCAACCAAGCACAGAAGACACAGCAGGAGGGAGAAGAAGAGGAAGCUUGGAACUCACACGCAGUGUCGAGUUUUUCCACUGAAUCUGGCCGCAGGAGGGAGAAGAAGAGGAAGCUUGGAACUCACACGCAGUGUCGAGUUUUUCCACUGAAUCUGGCCGCAUUUGGCAUCCAAUACGCUUGCGUAGUAGGCUCACCUGUUGGCGUGCCCGUGUCAGACCUCAUUUUUCAAUUUUCUUAUUUUAUUUUACUUUAUUAGUCAGACUUCAUUCGCUUCAAUGUCUAAGGCCAUGCUCAGACUAGGACUUUUUGGACCGCGCUGUGGCCAUCAUUGCGGCCAGAUGCAUACAGGUCUGGCCGUAAUUACAGUCAGAUACAGUUAGGAAAGUGCUCGUGUGAGUAUGCCCUAAUCUGGGCUGAAUAGUUUGACUUAGCACUUUGGCGUCUCGCUUGAUGAGAGAAAGACGAGGCAAGCUACCAAAUCUACCCGUAGUCUCGCACACCUUCAUCUAUUUAUUUAUUUGUAUUGAAUAAAACCUCAACAUAUGU